AUGGCUUCUAGAAUCACUAGCCUAAAGUGUGAGUAUAAUUUGCCGCACAGAUGUGUUGAUGGAUUUGCUUCUUUGGUUAAUGAAGCGAUUCCUAACAACAACCACAUGGCCGAGACAUUCUAUGAGGUCAAGAAAAUUGUUAAGGGGUUAGAGCUGCCCCAUGAAAAGAUUCAUGCAUGCCCGAAAGGAUGUAUGUUGUUUUGGAAAGAUGAUGCUCAAUUAUCUACAUGUAGGGUGUGUGGCAGCGACCGAUACAAGAAGACUUCUAAAGGUAGCUUAGUGCCUUUGAAUGUUCUAUUUUAUUUCCCUAUCACACCUAGGUUGCAAAGGCUUUUUGCAACUAAAAACAUUUCUGAGGAAAUGACAUGGCAUGCUAAAAAUCCUCGAGUUCAAGGCACAAUGGCACACCCUAGCGAUAGUGAAGCGUGGAAACACCUAGAUAGUUGCUUUCCUGAGUUUGCCUUUGAACCUCGUAAUGUUCGACUUGGCCUAUGUAAGGAUGGAUUUGCUCCACAUGGUCAGUUUGGGGGACAAUAUUCAUGUUGGCCUGUCAUUUUGACCCCUUAUAACUUGCCUCCGUCAAUGUGUAUGAAAAGACAGUUCAUGUUUCUUUCGUUACUCGUUCCUGGUCCUAAAAACCCUAAGGGCAACUUGGAUGUUUACAUGCAGCCGCUCAUACACAAGUUGAAACAGUUGUGGGAAGUUGGGGCAGAUACUUACGAUAUUUCGAGAAAACAAAAUUUCAAUCUUCGAGCAGCCAUCCUAUGGACCGUUAGUGACUUCCCGGCUUAUGGUAUGUUAUCUGGUUGGACCACAGCCGGUAAUAAGGCUUGUCCAUAUUGCAUGGAGAAAAGCAAAGCGUUUUGGCUCGAAAAUUGUGGUAAGGUUUCUUGGUUUGACUGCCAUCAUCAAUUCCUUCCGACAAAUCAUCCUUUUCAAAAUAGUAAAAAUGCAUUUUGUAAAAACAAAGUCGAAAAAGGUUCACCACCUCACAUCAUGUCAGGAGAGGAACUUUGGGAAUGUGUGAAAAACCUCCCGAAAGCAACAGAUGGCCCCGAGGCGCUGAAACGUGUCAAGAAUGCAAAAAAAGGGUGGUUCAAGCAAAGCACUCUAUGGGACCUUCCAUAUUGGAAACAUCUGCUUGUUCGUCACAACUUAGAUGUCAUGCACGUUGAAAAAAACUUUUUUGAUCAGUUGAUUCACACUACAAUGGACGUGAAAAAGAAAUCUUGUGACACCCCAUCAGCUCGGAAUGACAUUGCUAAAUAUUGUAAACGGCCCCAGCUACAUCUUCAAGAGGAUGAUAGAGGAAAAGAAUUCAUGCCAAAGGCUCCAUUUGCUCUUGACAAGGCUCAGAGAAAGGUUUUGUGUGAGUGGGUCAAACAGCUGCGGUUUCCUGAUGGUUACGCUUCCAAUUUAAGCCGAUGCGUUGAUUUGCAAUCAGUUAGCGACAUGGAGCGAUUGGAAAAAAACAUAGCUGAGAUCCUGUGCAAGCUUGAGAAGGUUUUCCCCCCAUCUUUCUUUAACUCCAUGGAGCAUUUACCAAUUCAUUUGCCAUAUGAGGGCAAGUUAUGUGGACCUGUUCAAUAUCGGUGGAUGUAUCCUUUCGAAAGGUUCCUCAAUCACCUGAAACGAAAAAUUGGUAAUAAGGCUCGUGUUGAAGGUCAAAAUGUGAAUGCUGAUGUGGAAUCCCCGGCUGACAAUGAUGAAAUCCCAGAGCUGUUCACGGUGGAUAAGGGUCGUGUGUCAAAUUUGGGUAAAACUCGGUAUUUAGAUGACAAGGAACUUGAACGUGCUCAUUUGUUCGUUUUAAGAAAUACCGGCAUUCUUGGUGAAUACGAAAGGCAGUUUGAGGACUACAUUCUUAGUACUCGAACUUAUUUGCGUCGAGAAGAUGUCAUGGAGAAAUGCGAAAGUGAAUUCCCUGAUUAG